AUGGAGCAAGAAGGAGGUGGAGGAGCUCCAGCGGUGUACACCGGAGGUCUAAUCCCGCUGCACGAGCACGAGCAGCGGUACUACUCGAGUCUGCAUGGGCUGUGUCAGACGGAUUCCUCAGGGAAUCAGCUGUCCUCCUCAAAGGUGGCCGAGCUCUUCAAGGCGUCUGGGCUACCCGCUGAAAUUCUGCACAAGGUGACGGAGGUGUGCGGUGCCAAGCGGGCGGGCUACUUCGGCACGAGUCAGUUCUACGUGGCCCUCAAGCUGCUGGCCGCCGCCCAGGCCGGUCUCCCCGUCCGUCUAGAGAGCACCUCGGCCAAUCUACCUCUGCCCAGAUUCGCGGGGAUUAAAGCGGAACCAGAUAUGAGAUAUGUUCCCGGCAUCGAGGCCCAAUCCGACAAGUCCCGCAGUUUGGACGCCGGCGCCGAUCAGAAGGAGCCACCACUGCCGCCGCCAGUCAAGUCGCCGCCUUGCUCACCGCUGGCUUACCACACCUACCCGUACGACUCGCUCGGAAAAAGACAGAUGGCCGACUCGCACACGGGCAAUGAGCUAACAACGUCAACUGCAGAAAGCGGCCAACAGCAGGACUGUGACAUCGAUGACCCCUGGAGGAUCACGAAGGAACAGCUGGAGUAUUACACCAAUCAGUUUUUAAGCCUUCAGCCCGAUUUGGGCGCGCUCAUACUAGGUGCUGUCGCAAAGAACUUCUUCACCAAGUCCAAACUUCCCAUACCAGAACUGUCACACAUUUGGCAACUCAGCGACGUGGACCGGGAUGGCGCACUAACCUUCCCAGAGUUCUGCUCGGCUUUCCACUUGAUCGUGGCCCGCAAAAAUGGCUACCCGCUUCCUGAUAGUCUCCCCCUUGGCCUGCGUCCAGGGUUCGGAUCCCUGGAUGAGCACGCCACCUCUCAAGACCAGUGUGUCAAGAAUCCAACAAGUGCAUCCAACACCAAAGAUUCCGAAUACGAAGCUUGUAAAAAACAAGAGGCGUCCUCACAUGACCUGGACCUUCACACCAAGACCAAAACCCGGCAAAGAUCGUACUCCAGCACUUCCAUCGACGAUGCCAUGAGAAAGGUGGAGGAGCCUCCAACGCCGCCGCCUCGCCCCCAGAAGAGCCACAGCCGUGCCUCCUCACUAGACCUUAACAAGAUUUUCCAGCAGGGGGCGCCAGCGAUGAAGAGCGGAUGGUUGCCCACUCCUCCGGCGCUACCGCCCAGACCGCCUGCCUCACAGGUUCCUCAAACCAAAGUACAGCAGCCCAACUUUGCAGAUUUUGCAGACUUCAGUCGCUUCAGAGAAGAGGACGAGACCGGCGAUAAACCCGAAGAACGCCGCCAACGCUCCACAUGCCAUCCAAGCACGGAAGAUUCGUCCCUCGCUUCAAAACAGGACCAACAAAUAAAUCAAGCUCCACACAAGCCCACUCGGCGGAAGUACCGGCCGGACAGCCAGAAUCUGGAGUGUUUAGCGCCACCUUGUGGGCUUUAUUUGAAACAGACGCAAAAGCAGAAGCGGGCUAUCCAGACGGCCAUCCGGAAAAACAAAGAAACCAACGCCGUCUUGACACGACUCAACAGCGAGCUCCAGCAGCAGCUCAAGGCUGUCAACCGGGAGCGAGUCGCCUUGGAGACCCAGCUGGACCUCUUGCGACCCGUGGCGUCCGCGUGA